AUAUCGGAAAUUCUGCAAAUAGUUUCUUUGCAUUUUAGAGUAGUCUAAGAAAACGCUGUGCUCAUGACGCCAUAAAAUAAUAACAAGGAAUGACUUAUUACCCUGUAGCUUGAAAAUGUAAAAGAUAAUCCUAAAGUUGUUUGUCAUUAUUCCAUCCAUAUGUUCUGUAAGUAAUAAAAAGUGAGCGAACAACUGAUUUACAUGGAGUGACAAAGAAAUAAUAACAACAAAAUGUAUUUUCUGUUAUUGCUGCUCUCAGGGCUCAGCACAGCAAAAUGGUGAAUCCAAGAGCUUCUACACGCAAGAGGAAGGCCGUGGCCCCUAAGCGCCAAGAUCUCCUCCCUCCUUUACCACCCCAGCGAUCCGAAAGACCAGGGACCAGUGCUAUGAUGGAGGUCAGCCCGGUCCAGGAACCUACUAACAAGCAGCUACGCAGGGGCCCUUCCACCAGAGCAACUCAGCAGAGCAAAAUACAAAAUCAGGAAAAGCCAGGUUCUGCUCGUAAGAGGAAGGCUGAGGUCCCUCAGCGCCAAGUUCCUCCCCCUCCGCCACCACCCCAGAAAUCUGACAGUGCAGGGGAGAAGCCAGUGAAAAAGUGUAGGUACCGUCCAGGGUCCCGCGCUUUGAUGGAGAUUCGCCGGUACCAGGAAUCCACUAAUCUGCUUCUACGCAAACGCUCCUUCGCCAGAUUGGUACGCGAGGUGUGUAAGCAGAUGUUUCUGAUGGAUUACAGAUGGCAGGGCAUCGCUAUCACCGCGCUUCAAGAGGCUGCAGAGGCGUUCCUAGUGCGGCUCUUCCAGGACUCCUACUUGUGCUCAUUGCAUGCCAAGCGGGUCACCCUGUUCUCCAGGGACGUCCAGCUGGCCCGCCGUAUCCGGGGUCCUGAGGACCGCGUGUGAGGAGCCAGUCCAGCACCGUUCAGCAGGAUGGCCACAAUGUCUGGAUAUUUGUCAGACUUUGUAACAGGUGUUGUAUUUCCACAAGUUCUGUUAAGUUGGAAAUGAUUAUGUUCGAUUUUUGAGCUCCUGUUGAAAACUUUUCUAUGUUAUGCAAAGACUGUAUUUGAAAUUGUUACAGUAUGUUCUGUUGUUUGAAUUUUUAUGAUGUCGAAAUAGUGGCUUGAAUUCUGUGCCUAAGAAUACCAAUAGUUUUUAUUUGCGAGCAAUUUUCAAAGUCCUGUACUAUAGCUCACAUAAUACUGAGCCUGUUACUGACUUUUUCAAGAAAAGACACAUUGGAAGUGGUAGUUUUAAGUAGUAUGUGGGAAAGUGGUUUGCGGUAAGGAAAAGGAAAAAGAGUUAUAUUAGUUUCUAUUUUGUUUUACAGGGUUAGUCAAAGUGCGGUUGUUAAUGUUGACGGUUUAUUACAAAUUAGUUACAUGGGUAACUGACAAAAAAGAUUUCAAAUUAAAGCAUAAAUGUCAAAGAUUCUAACAGUUGCAGUCCUUCUGUGGAGGAGAAAAUAAUGCUUCAGUAAAGUAAUUGACCUUUAUACUUGUCUACAGCAACCCUGUUUCUACUAAAGGUUUUUUGUAGAUUGUGUUUUUAUUUAUUGUGUUUGAUAUUAUGUAAUUUAUGGUUAUUAUGUUUGUAUUGUAAUUUUUGCAAAUAAAAAAAAAACAGGUGUCAAAAUAGCAGACUUUAAGCUGACGGGACGUUAGGAGGUCUUUACUUAACAAAGGAUCAAAAACAGGAAGUAAGAUUAAACACACCGCUGUGGAGGUGCAGGAUGAAGGAUUGUGAGGUGCCAGAGCUGGGGUAGGUGUCCAAAUAGGUCUAAUAAAAUAUGGGAUACAAAAAUAUACCAUAUUACAGUUUUUCUCAGCUGCUCAAAUUAAAUUCCUGAAACAUACUUUUUCAAAAUGGUUAAUGCAAGUCCCGCAAAUUAAGUGUGAUUUGAGAAACACUUUUGUCAUUUAUGACUGUGUUUACACAAAAUUCAAAGCACAUUUGUACAAAACAAUGAAUGCAAAUCUGCAGUUAACAGAGUAAGGCUUGUGAAACUAAAUGAAUUAAUUAGUUCACAGCUGAAAGCAACCAGUCCCAUGACUUAAAUCUUACAGAUAACAGCCAAAAUUGUUAUAUCAUCAGUCAAAACUGAAGCAUACAUUUACUGUAUUAGGUUACCAGUGAGUUAGUUUUGCAGAAGGAUGGAGCAGGAACAAGUAGUUGGAAGAAAAAGGGGUCUGAAUGCAUGGUGAUAGUGCUGGGGGGAGAUAAUGGGAAAGAGAAAGGUGGAGUUAUACAAAUACUGUACCUCUAAUGAAAUAAAGGUCACCACAGUCCAAAUCAUGGCUUAGUAGUGACGUGGCAGGACCCUUAUUGGACACGGAGUCAUACUGAAUGUGACAGGACAGUGAGGGGUAAUAUAACCAUGUUACUAUAUCAGAUGUUAUCAUCUUUUGAAUAGCUUUCUGGGAGCAAAGAUAGCCAGUAUUCCAUUUCUGGGCUCUAUUGUAUUGAUUGAUGUCCUGUUUUGCAUCUGAAGCAUGUGCUAAAUCUUUUGAUUUUGUUAGAGCCUUUUGCACCUACCUAUAUUGUCCUGUUUUGCAGAAAGAUGGUUUUGAGGUUCGGUUAACUUUUUGAAAAUGAGAACUUUCAAGAAUUUAUCUCAGGAAAACUGUGUUAAAUUAGCACAUGAGAUUGCAAAUGUCAUUUGCAAUCUCAUGUGCUACAUUAAGAAAAGAAUGCUGCUCUGCUCUGUAGUCAUUCCAGAGCAAGCAGGUACAUUCUGGGGCUUAAAGAAAAUUGACAGGCUUAAGUAAAUUAUUUUUUUAGUCUUGAAGAAUUAUUAAGUUGAGACCCAAUUCAAAUAUUCAAAAUCCUCCAAGAAAGUGAAAAGGACAACCCCGUGGACUUCUUCCAUUGUUUAGUUUUUCUUCUAUUUAAACAGCACAAGAACUGGACAGAAAAGGAAACUACUGUAGGAAGAAGCAAGGGUUAUGAGAAGAGAUGUGGAGGAAGGAAAAGGAUAAACAGCAAGAUGGGGGAAGGAAAACUAUUAUGGAUGGGAAGAAGGAUUUGGGAAUAAAGCCUGUAAUGGUCCACAAAUACUACAGUAUUCAGUCAUUUGUUGAACUGAACAAGUACAGUGGCAACAG